GCCCGCCCGCCGGCAGGGAGGUAGGAGCCCGCGGGGCUGCUCGGUACGGACCAUGUCGCCAUGUCGGAAGUGAGGAAGUUCACGAAGCGGCUCAGCAAGCCGGGCACGGCCGCCGAGCUGCGGCAGAGCGUCUCGGAGGCGGUGCGAGGCUCCCUCGUCCUGGAAAAAACCAAAGUGGUUGAACCCUUGGACUAUGAGAAUGUGAUCCUUCAACGCAAAGUUCAGAUCUACAGUGACCCUCUCCGGGACCUGCUGAUAUUUCCAAUUGAAGAUGUAUCUAUCUCAGUCAUUUGUCGGCAGAGAAGAACAGUCCAGUCUACAGUGCCAGAAGAUGCUCUAAAAAAAGCUCAGAGUCUCUUUGUCAAAGAGUGCAUUAAAACCUACAGCUCAGACUGGCAUGUGGUAAACUACAAAUAUGAGGAAUACUCAGGAGACUUUCGGAUGUUGCCAUGCAAAUCCUUUAGGCCAGACAAGAUUCCAAGCCAUGUGUUUGAAAUUGAUGAAGACUUUGAAAAAGAUGAGGAUUCCUCAUCUCUGUGCUCCCAGAAGGGUGGUGUGAUAAAGCAAGGCUGGCUGCACAAAGCAAACGUAAAUAGCACAAUCACUGUUACUAUGAAGGUAUUCAAGAGGAGGUAUUUCUACCUGUCACAACUCACAGAUGGCUCCUAUAUUCUUAAUUCCUACAAAGAUGAGAAAAUUUCAAAAGAAUCCAAAGGCUGUAUUUUCUUGGAUGCCUGCAAUGAUGUUGUUCAGUGUCCUAAAAUGCGCCGUUAUGCGUUUGAACUCAAGACAAUAGACAAGUACAGUCACUAUCUGGCAGCUGAAACAGAGCAGGAGAUGGAAGAGUGGCUAGUAACUCUGAGAAAGAUCAUACAGAGCAACACUGAGAGUUUGGUGCAAGAAAAGAAAGAUACCGUGGAAUCUGUGCAAGAUGAUGAAUCAAGCACGCAGGGAAAAUCAGAGAAUAUCCUGGAGAGCCUGGAGAGAAGCAUGCAUCCAGAACUGAUGAAGUACGGAAGAGAAACAGAUCAGCUGAACAAACUAAGCAGAAAUGAUGGAAGACAAAACCUCUUUUCUUUUGACCCAGAAGUCCAGAGGCUGGACUUCUCGGGGAUUGAGCCAGAGGUGAAGCCAUUUGAGGAAAAGUGCAGCAGGCGCUUCUUGGUCUGCUGCCAGGACUUCUCCCUCAACCUCCUGGCUCAGCUCAGUGACAGGUCGGAAGGAGGACCCACUAAUGUUGAGCCCUUUUUCCUAAGCUUGGCAUUAUUUGACCUGAAAAAUAAUUGCAAGAUUUCAGCUGACUUCCACGUGGACUUGAACCCUCCUUCUGUCCGUGAGAUGCUGCUGGAUAACUCUGCCUCUGGAGCAGAGGCCACCAGGGGAUGCUCACCAGGAGAGAGCCUCGUGCAUGGGGUCCCAGAGUCUUGCCUGCGCUACAUAAAACGGGGGGUUUUCUCCGUGACCAACCCACACGUGGAGAUCUUCCUUGUUGCCCGCGUGGAGAAAGUGCUGCAGGGCAGCAUUACUCACUGUGCUGAGCCUUACAUCAAAAGCUCAGACCCUGGGAAGACUGCCCAGAAGGUCCAUAAGGUGGCCAAGCAGGUGUGCAGCCGUCUGGGACAGUACAGAAUGCCCUUUGGCUGGGCUGCCAGACCAGUUUUCAAAGACUCCCAGGGCACUCUUGAUGCUGAAGGGAAAUUCUCACCUCUGUACAAGCAAGACAGCAGCAAACUCUCAAAUGAAGAUAUGCUGAAGCUUUUAGCAGAGUAUAAGAAACCAGAGAAGACAAAACUACAGGUCAUUCCAGCCCAGUUGAAUAUUGUCAUCAAAGACAUUCCACUAGACUUCACAAAUUGUGUCACAGCUUCUUAUAUUCCUAUAAAGCCUUUUCAAAAGAGCUGUGAGGACAUUGCAGUCGAAGUGGAGGAAUUUGUGCCAGAAGUUGCAAAAUACUGUUACCCCUUCACAGUCUACAAAAACCACCUCUACGUCUACCCCUUGCAUCUGAAGUAUGAGAACCAGAAGGUGUUUGCAAAGGCAAGGAAUAUUGCUGUCUGUGUGGAGUUCAGGGAUUCAGAUGAAGCUGAUGCCAGGCCAUUAAAGUGUAUAUAUGGCAAACCUGGAGGCCAUCUCCUGACCACAAAUGCCUAUGCUGCUGUGCUGCAUCACAACCAGAGUCCAGAGUUCUACGAUGAGAUUAAAAUUGAGCUUCCAAUUCACCUCCAUCAAAAGCAUCAUUUGCUUUUCACCUUCUAUCAUGUCAGCUGUGAAAUUAAUACAAAGGCAACAUCGAAAAAACAGGACACCGUUGAAACUCAAGUGGGAUACGCUUGGAUCCCGUUGCUGAAGGAUGGCAGGAUUGUCACCCUGGAGCGGCAUUUGCUGGUUUCAUCCAACCUCCCACCUGGCUACCUGGCUCUUGGGGACACAGAGGCACGAAGGCAGCCCAGCGUGGAUGCAAAGUGGGUGGAUGGAGCAAAGCCAUUGUUUAAAAUCAGAAUCCAUCUGGACUCGACCGUUUACACCCAGGACAUGCACUUGCACAAAUUCUUCCAGUACUGCCAGCUGGUUCAGGCAGGAGCCAAGGAAGUCCCAGGAGAGCUGGUUAAAUACAUAAAGUGUUUGCACGCCAUGGAGAUCCAAGUAAUGAUUCAGUUUCUACCUGUAAUUCUUACACAACUAUUUAGAGUCCUUACAAAUGUGACCCAGGAAGAUGAAGUAGCUGUCAACUGCACCAUGGUUCUUCUGCACAUCGUGUCCAAGUGCCAUGAAGAAGGUCUGGACCACUACUUGCGCUCCUUCCUAAAGUACGUCUUUCGAGCUGAGAAACCCAGUGCCACACAGGCGAAGAUGACCCAUGAAAUCCUGGUCCUUUCCAUGGCCACAAUCUUGAAGCAGUCAGCAGAUUUUCUAGCCAUCAACAAGCUACUCAAGUACUCGUGGUUUUUCUUUGAAGCACUGGCGAAGUCAAUGGCAAUGUACUUACUGGAAGAAAACAAAAUCAAGCUGCCCAGAGCCCAGCGAUUCCCUGAUUCCUACCAGCACGCUCUGCAUUCCCUGCUGCUCGCCAUCAUCCCCCACGUCACCAUUCGCUACAAUGAAAUUCCCGAGGAGUCCAGGAAUGUCAACUUUAGCUUGGCUAACUUCCUGAAGCGUUGUUUGACCUUUAUGGACAGAGGAUUUGUUUUUAACUUGAUAAAUGAUUACAUUUCUGGAUUCAGCCCAAAAGAUCCCAAGCUGCUGGUUGAAUACAAGUUUGAAUUUCUUCAAACCAUUUGCAAUCAUGAGCACUACAUUCCUCUGAACUUACCAAUGACCUUCUCCAAACCCAAGCUUCAAAGAAUUCAAGAUGUGAAUCUUGAAUACAGUUUAACCGAUGAGUAUUGUCGGCACCAUUUCCUGGUGGGGAUGCUUCUCAGAGAAGCCUCUGCUGCCUUGCAGGACAACUAUGAUAUCAGAUAUACAGCCAUCUCAGUCUUAAAAAAUCUCUUGAUCAAGCAUGCCUUCGACAGCAGAUACCAGCACAAGAACCAGCAGGCAAAAAUAGCCCAGCUCUACCUGCCACUGUUUGGGCUGCUCCUGGAGAACCUGCAGCGCGUGGCGAGCCGGGAAGCGCUCUACUCCUGCUCGGCUGCCUCCAGCCCUGCAUCCAGGGAUGAAUUCAUGUGCAAUUUUGCAUCACCCUCAAAUAGAUCCAGCCUGAUUGCAGACAAAGAUCCAGCCUGUGGAGCAUCACUUCCCAAUGGCCAUGUAAUGAAGCGAGAGGACUCAAAAGGGUCUCUGAACUCAGAGGGGACAACUGGUUCUCCCGAUCAGGGUGAAAAUAUCCGCAGAAGCUCCACGAGGAGCAGCGUGUCCCACUGCAGCCGCAUGGACCCCUUUGAGAUCCGGAUGCUCCUGAUGUGCUAUCUCUACAUUGUCAAGAUGAUCUCUGAAGAUACACUUUUAGCUUACUGGAACAAAUUCUCACCCCAAGAGCUGAACAACGUCCUUGUGCUUCUGGAAGUGUGUUUAUUUCACUUCAGAUACGUGGGGAAGAAAAAUAUUGCCAGCUCCUGCAUGAGACCCCCAGGCCCAGGCGCUCCUGGCUACCCACGCAGGUUGCCCGUGUCCCCUGUGGUCAGCUGCAGGGUGCAUGAUGCCUGGUUAGCCAAACAUGCAGCAGCUGACAGGAAAUCCCAGACCAUGCCUGCGCUCCGCAGCAGAGCCGGUGGGAUGCAGGUGCGGCUCCAGCAUCUGGGCAGCUUGGAGACCUCCUUCACACUCAACCACAAUGCAGGCACCUCAGAAGCAGAUAUUGUGCACCAGGCAUUACUGGAGGGCAAUAUUGCCACCGAAGUGUGCCUGACAGUCCUGGACACCAUCUCCUUUUUCACUCAGAGUUUCAAGACCCAGCUUUUAAACAAUGAUGGCCACAAUCCACUCAUGAAGAAAGUUUUUGAUAUUCAUCUCGCUUUUCUCAAAAACGGGCAGUCAGAAGCAGCUCUUAAGCAUGUGUUUGCCUCUCUGAGAGCUUUCAUUAGCAAGUUUCCCUCAGCAUUUUUCAAGGGAAGGGUCAACAUGUGUGCUGCUCUCUGCUACGAGAUCCUGAAGUGCUGCACUUCCAAGGUGUCCUCCACGAGGAAUGAAGCCUCUGCUCUUCUCUAUCUCCUGAUGAGAAACAACUUUGAGUUCACCAAAAGGAGAACAUUUCUGAGAACACAUCUCCAGAUAAUAAUUGCAGUCAGCCAGUUAAUAGCAGAUGUGGCACUCAGCGGUGGGACAAGGUUUCAGGACUCCUUGCUCAUAAUUAACAACUUUGCAAACAGUGACAGGCCUAUGAAGGCAACUGCUUUUCCUUCCGAAGUCAAAGAUUUGACGAAGAGAAUCCGUACAGUGCUUAUGGCUACUGCACAAAUGAAAGAACAUGAGAAGGAUCCAGAAAUGUUGAUAGAUCUGCAAUACAGUUUAGCCAAAUCGUAUGCAAGUACCCCAGAGCUCCGGAAAACAUGGCUGGACAGUAUGGCCAAGAUACAUGUGAAAAAUGGAGACUUUUCAGAGGCAGCCAUGUGUUAUGUUCAUGUAGCAGCCCUCGUUGCAGAGUUUCUGCACAGAAAAAAACUCUUCCCCAGUGGAUGCACUGCCUUCAGGAAAAUCACUCCCAACAUUGAUGAGGAAGGUGCAAUGAAAGAUGAUGGUGGGAUGAUGGAUGUGCAUUAUAGUGAGGAAGUACUGGUGGAGCUGCUGGAGCAAUGUGUGGAUGGCCUGUGGAAAGCAGAGCGUUAUGAAACAAUUUCUGAAGUUUCCAAACUGAUCAUUCCUAUCUAUGAAAAGCGGCGUGAAUUCGAGAAACUAACUCAGCUGUACAGAACCCUUCAUGGAGCAUAUGCAAAGAUAUUAGAAGUAAUGCACUCAAGGAAGAGGCUUCUGGGAACCUUUUUCAGAGUGGCCUUUUAUGGACAAACAUUCUUUGAAGAAGAGGAUGGGAAGGAAUACAUCUAUAAAGAACCCAAGUUAACAGGCCUCUCGGAGAUCUCCUUCAGACUUCUUAAACUUUAUGGAGAAAAAUUUGGGUCUGAGAAUGUAAAAAUUAUCCAGGAUUCUAACAAGGUCAACAUUAAAGACCUUGAUCCUAAGUAUGCCUAUAUUCAAGUGACUUAUGUGAAGCCCUACUUUGAAGACAAAGAAAUUGCUGAAAGAAAGACUGAAUUUGAAAGAAAUCAUAACAUCAACAGAUUUGUAUUUGAAACUCCUUAUACUUUAUCUGGAAAAAAACAUGGCAGUGUGGAAGAGCAGUGUAAAAAAAGGACCAUUCUGACUACUUUGAACUCCUUUCCAUAUGUAAAGAAGAGAAUUCCAGUCAAUUACGAACACCAGGUUAAUUUAAAACCAAUUGAUGUUGCUACUGAUGAAGUAAAGGAUAAGACAGCAGAGCUGCAAAAGCUUUGCUCUGCCAGUGAUGUGGACAUGAUCCAGCUGCAGCUGAAAUUGCAAGGCUGUGUUUCUGUGCAGGUUAAUGCUGGCCCCUUGGCCUAUGCCAGAGCUUUCCUAAGUGACAGCCACUCCAGCAAAUAUCCUACUAAGAAGGUGAACGAGUUAAAAGAACUUUUCAGAAAGUUUAUCCAAGCCUGUGGAAUUGCUCUGGAGCUCAACGAGCGCCUCAUUAAGGAGGAUCAGCUGGAGUACCAUGAGGGACUGAAAUCAAACUUUCGGGAUAUGGUGAAGGAGCUUUCUGACAUCAUCCAUGAACAGAUCUACCAUGAAGAUACAAUGCAUUUGCCAUGGAUGCACGACUCCCUACAUGUCUUCUGUGCAAUCAGUGGAACAUCUGGUGAUGGGAGUUACUGCUCACUCAGACCCACUGCUGAAAUCUGAAUAUAUCAGUCAGAUUU